AUGUUUUCCUGGCUCACAGGACCGCGCAUCGCGAACUUAAUCGAAGACAUCGAGCCGGAUCCCGCAAACGACACUACAUUCAUCGAUCCUCCAGAUACCCCCGCACCGCAAUUCGCCGUCAAAGCAUUCAAGCAUGCUUUAUUCGGCACGCCUGCGCCACAAGAAAGGGAUACUGCUACGGCUACCAAGAUUGAGCGGGAGAACGCGAAAUCCGACACUAGUCAAGACGCCGCAAGGCCCAACCUACCGGCCCCGAAAGAGGACUCCGCGCCCACUUCGCCGUCCAAACGCAAUGGCAUCCUCAUGACGCCUGGUACAGCGAGCAAGGGGAGGAAGACUGUCUCCUUCGGUGCACAUGUGGUGGACAACGAAGGCAAGCGAGGCGGGACCCUCAGGAGCGGUGUCCCGAAUGACUGUCCUGGGAAGUUUCCCAGCCCCUGGACUCCCGGCACAGAGCUGAAAGUCACGGACAAGGCGAAAGCGGAAACCGACAGCUCCAGCGGCACGAGACCUCGCACCAAGCUCACGGCAGCGCUCUACAACGCGCGUUCUGCCGAAAAGCCAACGACAAAGGCAGUUGAGCUGAAACCCAAAGCCAAAGACGACAGUGACAUCACGCUCGAUCUGGGCACGCCGCGCUCCGAGUCCGGGAAAUACUGGAAGGAGCAAUUCGAGAGCUAUGCCGCGCGCAGCGAGAAGGAGAUGAAGAAGCUCGUCACGAAACAGCAGCUAGCUAAGAACUACGCGAAAAAGAAGGAUGCCGAAGCCAUUGAAGCGCUGACGAGAUUGGGCGAGGAGCGCAAGCGGUUUCGCUUGAAGGAACGGCAGUUGGAGCAGCAGAAUAAGGGACUUCAAGAGCAGCUGCAGCAAACGGUGGCAGAGAAGGAUGCGGCGAAGGUGGAGAUUGCGGCACUGAAGCAAAGGUUAGCAGCUAUGGAGAAGCGGCUCACGACAUCGUCCUCGCAGGAAGCGGAUGGUAAGGUCUCCUUGGAGAUUUACGAAGACUCGAUAAAGAAUUCCAGCCUCCUCUAUCAAGAGCAGGAUCGUAAGCAGAAAGCCCUUGCAGCCGCGUCGGGGUGGCGGCACCCUCACAGUCCCACUGAGGACAAGGAAAACUCGCCGCCUGAGCAUCUCGGUCAUCGGAAGACGCUGUCAGAGAGCACAGCAGAUAUCAGCACGAAUAUUUCCAGGGUCAAAUCGACGACCGACUCUGAAAAGCUGACCUUGCCAGCGCCAACAUCUUCUCGUAUUCCCCCCUCCCCGCUCCGCGUCCGCCGUAUCCCACACAGCGAGAGUGAGAUCUCAAUAAUAGAAAAGGCCAUGCCACGCGACGCACCUACUCCAAAGUCACCCACAGUCCACCUGCCCUCGAGCCCCCUCCCGCAACCUUCGCCCGAUCCCUGGACGAUGGAAAUGAACGACAGUCCUGCGCCGGCUAUGGAUCGAAUGGCUCUGCCUAUCUCGACUGGU